GCCACAGACCUGCUGCUUUUUCAUCAGGACAGAAACCAACAUAUCUGUCAGGACUUUCACACAACAUACUGUGGACAUGGAAGACAGUGAUAUGGAUCCAGAAGCGGCGUAUGAACCGUCUGAGAUGUUCGAGAAUGAAGAGGCCAAGAGCGGGGUCUCCACACAGGAGGAUGAAGAAGACCCUGAUAUGAAGGUCGAUGAGGAGCCUUAUGAGAUCCAGCCUCAAGAGGAGGAUGAGGAGGAGGAAGAGGAGGAGGAGGAGGGAAGUGAAAAGCAGAUCCUUCCUCAGAGGGUGAUCAACCUGAACAGAGAUUUGACGACGUUAGUGACCAACAUCCAAACUGCAGCUGACGCCAAAGAGUCGCUGCGACGGGCAGAGCUGGAGGAAGCUCGCAGACUAAGAUUGGAGCGACUUGAGAAGGACUUGAAAUCCAGCCAGGAAAUAUUCGAGGAGAUCACAAGAGGGUGGUCUUUAUCUACGCAGAAAGCGAUCCCUCAGGAGCUUCACGAGGCCCUGAACAACCAGCAGCAGUUAUGUGAUGCUCUCAUAGAAGACAAGAAAAAACUCAUAAAUGACCUGCAACAGUCAGUCAGCCCCCCCCCUCCAUAA